ACCGGAAAUAGUACUGUUCGAUGUUCGUCUCUAACUUGACAUUGUUUCUUGCUUGUGGUUCAUGUUUUGUUAGCUAAUCUGGCUAGCAGAUGUCGGAUGGUCGAAUUAAGUGUCAGAUGAAUAUAUGUGCUUAAAACGGUCAAAACGCCACUCCUAGUAAGAAGGGAGGAUGGCGCAUCGACGUACCCCACCUCCGCUGUCUCAGAGGACAGAGUACCUGGAACCCGAUAAUGACUCCGACAGGGACUCUGGCGUUGGGGAGGAUGCAGGGGAGGAUGCUGACAGUAGCCAUGAAGCCACAUUUACGGAGGAGGAGAACGUCAACAUACAAGAUGGAUUGGAAGAAAACGGAGGAGAGAGACGAGAUUUUACAGUUUUUGUAGCCUUUCAAGGGAAUAUGGAGGAUCAGGACUUCGCUCGAAAACUUGACACUAUCCUCAGUGGGAUACCCAACAUGCUUGAUAUGGGCUCUGAUAGGCUACAGCCACAGCAUGUGGAGCCGUGGAACAGCGUGCGUGUUACCUUUAACAUUCCUCGGGAUGCUGCUGAACGACUCCGACUGUUGGCCCAGAACAACCAGCAGCAGCUCAGAGACCUGGGGAUCCUCUCUGUACAGAUAGAAGGGGAAGGAGCCAUCAAUGUGGCUGUGGGACCAAUUAGAGGACAAGAAGUCAGAGUGAAUGGACCAAUUGGAGGACCUGGCCAGAUGAGAAUGGAUGUUGGAUUUCCGGGUCAGCCUGGUACAGGAGGAGUGAGGAUGGCUAAUCCAGCGAUGGUUCCUCCCGGGCCUGGAAUGGCAGCUCAGGCUAUGAUGCCAGGCGGCAGUGGACAGAUGCAUCCUCGUGUUCCCAGACCAUCUUCACAGACAGGUUCAGAUGUUAUGGAUCCAAUGAUGCCAGGUAUGUCCGUUCAGCAGCAACAGCAGCAGCAGCAGCUUCAGCACCAACAGGCUGGCCCACAUGUCUCAGGCCCCAUGCCUCCUCAGGCUGCCCAUCACAUGCAGGCUCUGCAAGGUGGCAGACUGCUUAACCCUGCUGCACUGCAACAGCUACAACAACAACAACAACAUCAUCACCAACAGCAACAACAGCAACAGGCCCAGCAGCAAGCUCAACUGGCCCAGCUUGGACCUCGACCUCCAUUCAAUCCAUCAGGCCAGAUGGCUGUGCCUCCUGGCUGGAACCAGCUGCCCUCUGGGGUGCUGCAGUCACCAGCCGCCCAAGGAGGCCCUGCCUGGAGAAAGCCCCCACCACAAGCCCAAAUGCUUCAACGUCCACCCUCCCUUGCUGCAGUUCAAACUCCCAGCCAUCCCCCACCCCCUUACCCAUUUGGCAGCCAGCAAGCUGGGCAGGUAUUCAAUGCCAUGGGACCGGGACAAUUACAGCAACAACAACAGCCAGGAGUGGGUCAGUUUGCCACCCCCCAGCCUAAAGGCCCACAGGCUGGCCCUGGAGGUGUCGUAGGACAGCCCAGACCUCCUCCACCCCUUCCACCUACAUCUGGACCGCAAGGCAAUCUCACUGCCAAGUCCCCUGGGUCCUCCUCGUCUCCUUUUCAGCAGGGUUCACCUGGGACUCCUCCUAUGAUGGCUCAGAGACCUACAACUCCACAGGGUUUCCCUCAGGGCGUUGGAUCGCCAGGAAGAGCAGCCCUUGGCCAACAGGGUAACAUGCAACAAGGAUUCAUGGGAAUGCCCCAGCAUGGACAGCCUGGGGCUCAAGUUCACCCAGGCAUGCCGAAGCGUCCCAUGGGCUUUCCAAACCCCAACUUUGUCCAAGGUCAGGUGAGUGCCAACACUCCAGGAACCCCUGGUGGAGGAGCCGGUCAGCAGCUUCAGAGCAGCCAAGCCAUGACUCACUCAGGAGCUCCGCCAGCCUCCACACCAAACUCAAUGCAGGGUCCACCCCAUUCCCAGCCUAAUGUUAUGGGUAUACAAAGUGGCAUGGCGGGUCUUCCCCCUGGUACAACCGCUGGGCCUAGUAUGGGCCAGCAACAGCAAGGCCUCCAGACCCAGAUUAUGGGCCUCCAGCAUCAGGCCCAGCCCGUGUCUUCGUCCCCCAGCCAGAAGGUUCAAGGCCAGGGUGCUGGUCAGACUGUCCUCUCAAGGCCCCUCAGUCAAGGGCAGAGAGGAGGGAUGACCCCACCCAAGCAAAUGAUGCUUCAGCAAGGCCAGGGGGUGAUGCAUGGGCAGGGUCAGAUGGUUGGAGGCCAAGCGCACCAGGCCAUGCUCCUGCAGCAGCAGCAGCAGCAACAACAGCAACAAAACUCCAUGAUGGAACAAAUGGUUGCCAACCAGAUGCAAGGUAAUAAGCAGGCAUUUGGAGGCAAGAUUCCAGCUGGGGUCAUACCCGGCCAGAUGAUGCGUGGCCCUGCUCCAAACGUUCAAGGUAACAUGGCUCAGUUUCAGGGCCAGGUCGGCCCUCAGCAGAUGACUCCCCAACAGCAGCAGCAAAUGGCUCAACUCCAGCAGCAGCAGCAGCUACAGCAGCAGCAGCAGCACCAGUUGCAGCAGCUACAGCAGCAGCAGCAGCAGCACCAGCAGAUGAAUCAGCAACAGCCACAGCAGGUUCCUAUUGCUGGCAAUCCUAAUCAAGCUAUGGGCAUGCAUGGUCAACAGAUGAGGCUCCCCGCUGGCCAUCCUCUUAUCCAACAACAGUUGCAACAGCAGCAGUUACAGCAGCAACAGAAACAACAGCAACAGGUCAUGUUGCAGCAGCAGCAACAACAGGCAGGUCAACAACACCAGCAUCCUUUAGGGGAUCCUAACAGUGGCACAGGGGACUUGGGGGUCCAGCAGAUGGUCCCUGAUAUACAGGCACAGCAGCAGCAAGGCAUGAUGGCCGGCGCACAGCACAUGCAGAUGGGAAAUGGCCACUUUGCAGGUCAUGGCAUGAACUUUAACUCACAGUUCCCAGGUCAGAUGCCAAUGGGCGGACCCUGUGCACAGCAAGGAGGCUUUCCUGUCAACAAGGACGUAACCCUGACUAGUCCACUGCUGGUCAACCUGCUGCAGAGUGACAUCUCAGCCAGCCAGUUUGGGCCAGGAGGAAAACAGGGAGCAGGGGGUGGCAACCAAGCCAAACCCAAAAAGAAGAAACCAGCACGAAAGAAAAAGCCCAAAGAGGGAGAAGGACAGCAGCAAGUAGAAGGACUUGGUGGUCUUGAUGGGGCUGCUGGCAUGGACGAUCCCGAACUGCCAAAUCUGGUUGGUGAACAGAAUUUGGGUUUGGAAAACUCUGGCCAGAAACUCCCUGAUUUCCCCAACAGGCCUGCAGUUAACGUAGGUUUCCCCGGACAACCUGGAGACCAGAGAGUAUUGCAGCAGGUACCGAUGCAGUUUAUGCAGCAACAACAACAACAGCAGCAGCAGCAGCAACAACAACAACAACAAAUGCAGCACAUGCAACAGCAGCAGAUACAGCAACAACAAAUGCAGCAGCAGCAACAAUUACAACAACAAAUGCAACAGCAACAAAUACAGCAACAGCAGCAGAUGCAGCAACAGCAACAGAUGCAACAGAUGCAAAUGCAGGGUCUCCCAAAUGCUCAAGGACAGCAGGGGCCGCAGACUUCUGGUCAAAGCCAGCCUCAGAUGCACCCUCAUCAGCUGCAGCAGCAGCAUCAGCAACAGCAACAACAACAGCAGCAGCAGCAGCAACAACAACAACAACAACAGCAGCAACAACAACAACAACAACAGCAGCAGCAGCAGCAAACUCAACAGCCACACCUGCAACAACAGCAACAACAGCAGAUGUUGAUGAUGCUGAAGAUGCAGCAGGAGCAGGCAAAGAAUCGUAUGUCCAUUCCUCCAGGGGGGCAGCUCCCUCCGAGGGGCAUGGGCAAUCCACCGGAGGUGCAGAGGCUUCCUGUCUCACAGCAAGGCAACAUGCCUGUAAUGAUCAGUCUUCAAGGACAUGGAGGGGUACCCCCGUCACCUGAUAAAGCCAGAGGGAUGCCCCUGAUGGUGAACCCACAGCUUGCAGGCGCUGCACGAAGAAUGUCCCAUCCUGAUGCAGGACAGGGUCCUCAAGGCUCCGGUUCUGAAGAGCCCAUUGCAGGGGCCCACAUUAAGCAGGACAGGCCUACUGGCCAAGAAAUUGGGAUGCAGCCUGGAAAUGGAACCCAACAGAUGAUGGCCAAUCAGGGCUCUAACACUCACAUGAUGAAGCAAGGCCCUGGUCCAUCAAUAAUGCCCCAGCACACUGUAGCCAGUCCCCAGCAACAGUUACCCAGUCAGCCUCAGCAAGCAGGCCCCAUGCCUGGCCUUCAUUUCCCAAAUGUCCCCACAACCUCUCAGAGCUCUAGGCCCAAAACCCCAAACAGAGCCAGCCCCAGGCCCUACCACCAUCCUCUUACCCCAACAAAUCGUCCACCCAGUACUGAGCCCUCCGAAAUCAACCUUUCACCUGAGAGGCUAAAUGCCUCUAUUGCAGGGCUUUUUCCUCCCAAAAUCAACAUUCCUCUGCCUCCCAGGCAGCCUAACCUUAACCGGGGAUUUGAUCAGCAAGGUCUUAACCCAACAACUCUGAAAGCCAUUGGGCAGGCCCCUCCUGGCUUAACUUUACCAGGUAACAACAACAAUGGCAGUAUGGGUGGAAAUAACAACAACAGUCAACAGCCCUUCUCUACUGGCACUGGAAUGGGAGGUGCAGGCACUAAACAGGACAAGCAGCCUGGAGGACAGGGCAAGAGAGCAAGUCCUAGCAAUAGUCGGAGGUCGAGUCCAGCCUCUAGUCGUAAAUCAGCCACCCCAAGUCCAGGGAGACAAAAAGGGACAAAGAUGACCAUCACCUGCCCUCCCCCCCAGCAGCAGUUGGUCAACCCUCAGGGGCAAACAAUGAUGCUAAGCCCAUCAUCAGUACCCCCAAGUCCAGUAUCUAUGCAUUCACAAGUUAGUGGGUCCACGGAGGCACAACAAACCCAGAGUCCUUUUCACGGGAUGCAAGGUAACCCUGCUGAGGGAGUCAGGGAAAGUCAGGGAAUGGUGGCAGCGGAGCAGCGGCAAUUGCCUCAGCCUCACCCUCAGCCACAGCCUUUGAGGGAGUUAUCAGCUCCCAGAAUGGCAAGCCCUCGUUUCCCCAUGCCUCAGCAGCCUAAACCUGACCCGGAACAUCAGGGUGGCACAGUUGAUAGGCAACCAGCACACAAAGCACCCAAUAUGCAGGACUCCCAGGUCUCGCCUACUCUCAGGGCAGGGCCAACGUCCCUCAACCAGUUACUUGAUAACUCGGGUAUUCCAAUCAUGCCUCUUCGGCCCAUACAGAGUAACACUGUUAGGGAUUUAAUGGGAAAGGACAGCCCUAAGUCUGCUUUGGAUCCACGGCGACCACUCCACAGUAACUCCCAGAGUACAGAAAUGUCAGCUGCUGUUAGUACUUCUGCCACUAUAAAUGAAUUGGCAGCUAAACCAAAACCUACUCUUCCUAUUUCUACCAGCAGUCCUAAUUUGCAGCCUACUUCAAUUCCCAUCUCCCACCCUAGCACUAACGUGACCUCUAAUACUACCCCUAGCCUUAGCCAAAACCCUAUCUCCAGUCCUGGUGUCAAUCCCAGUCCGAAUGUAAAGCCAACCCCUUUCUUCUGCCCCACCCUUAGUACUAACACUAAUGCCACCAUGAGUUUAAGCCCCAACACAGUCACUUCAGGCCAGAGCAGUCCUGCCUCGACGGUUAGUACCAGUUCUAACUCCAACGUGGCUCAAAAACCAAACCCUAGUCCCAAACCAGGGACAAGUGUUCAAUCGGUCAUACAGAUCCCAGCCUCUUCUAGCACAAUGUCCCCAAACCAGAUAACUGUGUUUGUGACCUCUAACCCCAUGACCUCUGCCCCCACUCCUCAGGCACCCACAACUAUGGUCGCCACCAUGGUGGCUGUCCCUAACAAGAACAUUAGACCUCAGGACAACCGGCAGCAGGCCCCGGUCCCCCGACCACAGUUUAUCACCACCACCCCUGUAUUUAUCAACCCAAUUUUCCAGGUCCCAGGUGGAUCUGUGGCCCCCAAUACAACAAUGGUACCACAGCCGCUCACCAUGGUGAGGCCUAUCCAAAUGUCCACUACAAACAUCCAACUUUCAACUGCUCCGACCUCUACCCAGUCCUCAGGGGCUAACAUGGGCAGCACUCUGCCUACCAGAAGUAUUCUAGGACAGGUACAGUUUGCCACUAGUGUGUCCUCAUCAGUCCCAGUUGGUACUCCCCCAGCUUCUCAUCAAAUUAACCCAGGGCCUCCAAAACCAGAGAAUCUAAGUGAGGCCGGUUCCGAUCAUAAACCUAGUCCCCCAGUGAAGCAGCCAUCUCCCAAUCCAAGCCCUUCAGCAUCAUCUCCCUUUCAGCCACCCCUGGCUUCUCCUCCUCUUUGCUCUAGUCCUGGGGCUGCUAACAACAUCCGAAAGAGCCCCAUGUCACCGUCUCCCACUGCCCUGGGGAAAAGUAAACCUGCACAGGUUGCUGCAGCUGUUUCUGGUACAGUUGACUCGCAGCUAAGUCCCGUUGAAAGGUCUGCAAAGGGGCCCUCCGGAGCUGUGCAACCACAGACCCUUCAUGUUCCUGCUAUUCCUGCCACUAAAAUUGAAGCACCAAAUCCCCAUAGUACUGUCGCUGCUUCUAACAACAUGACACCGCCUGCUGUCUCUCCAAUCCUAGUUCCUGCACAUGUGGCUGUUCCCACUCAGAUUAUUACCCAGGCUCCAGUGACUGCCACAGCUUCAGUUUCAAGCAAGGCCCAGGAGGUUGCAUCUCAAGCUGCUAUUGUCACUGUAGUCAGUGCUAACACAGGUACCUUGCUCUCUGCAGUUGCCCCCGUGCAAAGUCCUGUACCGUCCAUUGUUCCAAUUGUUGCUGGAUCUGUACCUGCUUUGGAGGUUGCCCCCACCACAUCCCCUUCAGUUGAUAAUCCCAGCGGACUUCCACAAGUGAAGCCUGAUGCAGCUGUGGAGCCCCCCAUGCCACCUGCGGCUGAAUUUGUUGAAACCACUCAGACAACCCCAGCAUCUAUUCAACAAGAAGUCUCACAGUCUCAGGAACCUGUCGCCAGUGAGAAGACGGGUGAAGAGGUCUCGACAAGUUCUGAGCAGGGAUGGGCAAAGAAAAGAAAGACGCCCAUCAACUUAGUCCCAAGGGCUGCUGUGGAGAAGCCCAAGGGACCGAGCAGACGCAGCUCCCGGGCAGAGAAGGAGGUGGAGGAGGAGCCAGUAGCAGACAGCGGCAUUAGGAAGAGGUCAGCCAGGCCUGGAACGAGUGCUGCUGUGAAAGAAACUGGAGCGAGCCCCACCCAGGCAAAACGAAGGAAGUCUAAAUAGACUGCAGUGAUGGAAACCUGUGAACUGUACUGUAAAUGUGUUUGUUUCCGCUGUGAAUCAGUUGAUAUUGGUUUCUCUGUCCCGGUUUAUGAAUGGAGGAAGAAACCAUGUACAGAUUGUUUUAAAAAUAAUUAUGCUAUUGUGUUGUCCAUGCUAUCAUGUGAGAUUGUAGUUAGAAUGUGUGCAAUACAGUAUGUGUUUGUGUGAAUGUGCUUUUUAUAUUAAAUGCUGGAUUAAUCAUGUGAAGACUGAUGACGGAGCUUGUCAUGAUUGUAUAAUUAUGUUGUAAAACUGAAUUAAAUUUUCUACUGCUUUUUUGUUCUGUGAAA